CAUUUUUAUUUUUAGCAAGUUCGUCCGCGGUUCUCUCUCUCUUUCUCUCUCUCUCUCUCUCUCUCUCUCUCUCUCUCUCUCUUGCUCUUUUGCUCUCUCACUCUCUCUCACUCGAGCAUCGGUCGCAAAAACCGGUUCCUCUCUCGGGGCACCACUGCUCACCGAGGAAAGCACGAGGAACCAAGAGAGAAAGAGAGAAAGAAAGAGAGAGAGAGAGAGAGAGAGAGAGAGAAAGAGAAAGAUACGAGAGUCCAGUAUAGUCGAAGAAUCUAAAGAGAAAGAGAAAGAGAAAAAGAGAAAGAGAAAGAGAUAGAAAGAACUUGGAAUUUGCUCGUGUCCCAAUACACAUAGUCGCCGACGUCGUUUUCACGUUCCUCUAUGUGAAUAUAUAUAUAUAUAUAUAUAUAUAUAUAUAUAUAUAUAUAUAAUAUAUAUACAUAUAUCAUACACACACAUAUAUAUAUAUAUAUAUAUAGAGGGAGAGAGAAAGAGGGACAAACAUAAACAUAUAUUUAUGUGACUAUUCUUCUAUCUCACUCUUUCCAACUUGUCUAUCCACUAAUCUAUUGUUACUCUCACUCACACAUACAUACAUACAUAUAUAUAUAUAUACAUAUAUAUAUAUAUAUAUAUAUCAGCAGAGAUAGCAGACAGACUGCAGACAUACACGCAUAUAUACCUCUCUCUUCUAACCUCCUACGUUAUAUCGAUCGCAUAUGCACAAGACGGAUUAUAGUCCCUACAAGACUUAUAGUCGAACGAAAAUCUUUUAUUUUAUUAUUGUUCGAAAUAAAUAAAAGAGAAAAUAAAAGGGAGAGGGUGGGAGAAAGAGAAAAAGAGAGAGGGGGAGAGAGAGAGAGAGAGAAAGAGUGAGUUUGGAUAAAGGGGGAGGAAAAAUCGUUAUGUGAAGAAUGGCAACCGAUUCCAGCAACAACGAGAACAACAAUCGUCAUCAUCAUCAUCAUAAUCAUAAUCAUGGGGUUAGAGCUGUCGCAACGACGACUACAGAUCCAAGACGUAACGAAAAGCGCGCCGUUGCGGCCAGAGGUGCCGCUGGUGCACUUGCUCUCAGCGUAUUGGCUGUUGUCCUCCAAUCAGCUGCCACGGCUACCCCCGCCUGGGGAUACUUCACCAAUCCCGAUGCUGGUACAGCUGCGGAAAAGGGUUACUUUGGACCAUGGAGACAAUGCAAGUUCCUUUUAUAUGGUCGAGAAAGAUGUGGCCAAGGUGUCUCAAGGUUUCAACCAGUGUUGGCUGUGUGGGUGGCUGGAUUGGCUGCUGCAGCCGCUUCUACGUUACUCGCCAUAUUGGUUGGCCUUGCCGUACUUCAGCUUGCCAUGGCUUCAUCUGCGAAGAAGGUUGUCAUUUCGUAUAGCACUGCUCUUAUCGGCAAGGUCGCUUUAGCAACCUUGGCAACGUCAUUGGCCAUCGUAGCUGCGAGUUUAUUUGCUUUGCAAACGGAUGACAGAGCGAACAGUUUCGUUGUUUCGAGAGGAGAAGCUUUUUAUAUGCAGUUAGCUGCCAUUGCCUUGAACUUUGGCGUGCUCGUCUCUGCCGUUUACGAGGGAAUUUACGCACGAAGGGGUGGCGACCCUACGAAGCUAAGAACCAUCCCUGAUCCUCGUGCAGCUACCAUAAAUAAUCCAGGAUAUCGAGAACACCAUCGACCGACGAAUGGUGGAAGUAUUUCAAUGACAGAUGCAAGUGGUAAACCAUAUGUGGGUGGUGCCGGUAAUGGUUCGAUGGCGUCUGUAGCUACGUCAGGAAGUGCAGCUAGUACUGCAUCUCCUUUGAGAAGCUCGUUAAAGAAACCAAAACCCCUGGGAAUCCAUAAUCCAGGAUUCUCGGCACAUAGUCCAACGUUAUCGAGGAAUGGCUCGCAAAAGAAAGUCCGUAUACAGACUCAUUCUACGGAAGUUUAGGAAUGGAAGAGAGCCAAGAUUUCGAGGCAUCUAUGGUCAAAGACAAAGAUGUUAUACCAAAUAAAAGAUCUAAAUUGAAUGAAAUAAAAUCAUUAAAUCAAUUUGACAGUCCUAACAAUGAAAUUAUCGUUUCUGACAAUUCCUACGAUAAGACACCUAUUAAAGCCUUGAACAUUUCUAAAACCGAACAUAUCAAUUCUAUAGACUCUUGUAGAAGAGUUUUAUUUUUCAAAGAUGAGAAUACAUCUUCUAAGUAAAAUAAAAC